AUGAGCCAAAUAGACGGCGGCCUCGACUUCAACUACCCCGCCCGCAACAAGAUCCUCUAUCAAGAGCAGACCAAAGUCGGCUACGUCGACGGAGACUCAACGACGCGUACCGAGAAGCCGGCCCCCAGCUGCAGCACGUACUUCACAGCCGGAAUGACACCGGAAGGUAAGGCCAGGCUCCGCUGCAUGAGAGGAUGGCUGUGGAAAGAAUGCAAACGGACGCUGGGAGAGUAUAAGAGUUGGCGUUACAAGUACACGGUCGAGGGCACUAUCACGUUCCAUGGCCGUAUACAACCGAUAGACAGGGAGAACCCAGAGGAGACAGCUCAAGGCGCUCAGACGAGCCAAUAUCAGACUCAGGUGAUUGAGAUGCCGUAG